AUGGCUGCCUCAACCCAAGAGACAGAGCAGCCUACGACUCCUACCCCCCAGGCGAAGAAACCAGCCAAGCUGCGCCCGCGAAAGAAUGCAGAAGAGGAAACUCAUGAUGAUAAACCAAGUGACGCUUCACCAGAAGCCAACAAUACAUCUGCAGAGGCCGAUCAACCUCCCGACAGUAAAUCAGUGACCUCGCCCGAUCGUGGACCUCAACCUGAACCCGAACUCGAGCCAGAGCAACCUCAACGGCGCAACCGCCGCGCGCGUCGACCCCGGCGUGAUCCCGACGAACAGUCCGAAACACUGUCAGAAACUGCUGAACAAUUCGACACCUCGAACAAUCGCGAACGACGACGUCGUCCCCGCCGACGUGACGAGCAGCGCAUAGUGCCGUUCGGAGCUGACAGUGUCGGGAGGGAAGUAGGGCGAAUGAGACAGGAUGCCAGCGGUCCUCUGGAUAAUAUCGGCAAUUCCAAUGGCAUGAUGAUGGGACAGGAUCAACAAAAUCAAGCUCAGCCAGAGAAGAAGAAAGACGAUAAUACGUUAUCGUUGCGGCUGGAGUUGAACCUGGAGAUCGAGGUGCAAUUGAAGGCGAGGAUUCACGGUGAUCUGACGCUGUCUUUACUGUAG